AUGAAUUUUUCCCAAAUUUAUCUCCCUUUAUGGAUUUAGAUAUAUAUUAAGAUUUGUAAAAUGAUCCAGAUUUAUAUAUUUAUAUGGCAGUAAGGAUCAAUAUUUGAAUAGCACAUUCUAAAAGAAAAAAGUAAAUAAUUAAUGUAAAGAAGUAUACUGCAUUUUCAAUUAUCAGAAAGAAUUCGAUUUUCUCCUUUCCUGUCUAAGAAUAAGAUUUAACUGUUAAGAAAAAAUAAUCUGUUAUCUUUUCUUUAAUUAUAUUUGAUUCUGUUAAUAUUUUCCCUGUGUUGGACUUAAACUCAAUAAGGGCUAUUUAAUAUGAAAAUUUAACAAUUAUGA